AUGUGGCGCCGUACUUCCCUAGGGGGUUCGUUGUCUGUUCCCACCUACCACGAGGAGAGUUCGGAGUCCCAUGCCCACUCACCUCGACGGCGCGUCGAUAAGCGGGCGGAUGUUGGCGGCUACGAAACGCCGACGGGAAAGAAAACAAAUGCGAUGGAGAAUGACUCAAUGAAUUCGAGUAAUGGACGGAGAUUGCAUCAAAUUUCGAACGGGUUCGGUGUCGGCGCUGGAGAAUUUGGGAAUGAGUUCGGUAUACCAGUCCCGGGCUUCGACUGGUUAAGCGGCAUACAUCAAAUGCCAUGGAAGGAAAAGCAGCCAUGGGAUUCAAACAAGGAUCUUCGAAGGGCUCACAAGUCGAGCACUGACACUAGUAUGCCCGACUAUGUGUCAAACCCCACCAACAGCAGCUUCGAAAUACCGGCUAUGAUAUGCAACCCCCAGCUUGGCGGAGAAAGCAGUCAAGGCGAUGGCACGGAUAUUACCAAACCUCCAUCGAACACAGAAACUGGAAGAGGGUUGAACGCGGGGACAUCCAAUGUGGCCGAUUCAAGGCUCUCCUUUUCUUUGGACAACAGUUACGUGCCCAAGGAUAUGGCAGUAUCCCUGACGGAUUCGAUUCUCCAACAGCCACCUCCAUACAAAGCUCACCCCUACGCCGGGUCUCUGCCCGCUACUGAGGUUCGGUCAAAGAAGGAGCGGAGAAAAUCCUCCUCCAAAGAAUCUCCGUUGGUCUUGUCUCCGAUAGCCACAAAUGGCAGUGAUGCGAAUGAUUUGGGCGAAGCAUCCCAGCAAACCCAGGUUCCGAGCGGCUCAUCAAUCCUGUGGAGUGCUCUGCAGUCGCCGCAGGUUGGCAGCUCUCAUGCUCAUGCCCCGGUCAAGGAGAUUGACCCGGCACAGCGUAUCAUAUCUGCUACCUUUGGAACUCUUUCGGGAAAGGAGCCAUUUCAAGAGACCGGUUCGAGGAAGAUCUCUGGGAUUUCGGAGAAGGGUACCAAGCGGGAGAGAAACAUGACUGUGCUGUCGGCAAAAGCCAACGUCAAGGAGGACGAGGAGGAGCGUGGCUUCCCCCGUGCUCGCCUUACCCCGUUUGCAGAAGGUGACACGACGGUUGUCGAGUAA